AUGGAUCAAGAAGAAGAGUAAGGAUAUUUUUUGAAUAUGACUUUGUUGUACGUUUAUGUCUUAACACUAUUAGUAAAAAGAGCUUUGUUUCAGCCUUCAAGGAUCAAUCGCAAGUCCAUCAAAUUUUAUCCAAUAUCUAAUUUAGUAUACUUAAGGGAUUUAAAAUCAGAUUGGCGUAAAAUAUUAAUAUUAUAAUUCUUCUAAAUAGUGCGAAUGAACAAAUUGAUGAUGUGGAUUUUGAUAAGAUAAUCUUUCUAUUUGAUGGGUAAAAAGUUACUUCGAACUCUAUGAGUCACAUCCUAAUCAAUUCAGAGUAAAAAUUAAUUAUAAACUAAUAGAAAUGCUAAUUAUUUAUCUCCUAAAACUUAUUACAAAAUAUUUCAACCCUUUACUUCAAAUCUUAAGAUGUUGUCCCUUAAUAUUAUGGAUAAUGCAGGUCUUUCUAUAGUUGAAUGGCUAAAGCACUUAUCUUUGAUUAUCUAAUCAUGUGUUCAAUUAGAAUAAUUGUAUGUCUAGAUUCACAAAUUUUUUACGAUAAUCUUGAAUAAAGGUUACUUUUAAAUCAAACUCAAGUAAACCUUACAUUUAAAUUAGAUGUGGCAUUACUAAUGAUGGUACUAGUAUUGAAUAAUUGGCAUAUCUUGGCUCCAAAUUGCAAUUUAAUAAAUUUCGAUUAAAAAUAGAUGAAGAUAACGUUAUUAAAAAUAGUCUAGACCAUUUUGGUCCAAUUCUGCUGAAUUGUAAUAAUUUGAAUUACUUCUCAUUAACAAUAGGGUAUUGAUUUAUUCUAUUAGCACUAAGAUAAUCUUGUUAAUUGAAUUCAACCUAAUUCUUAUAGAGUUUGAAUUUACAACCAAUAACAACCUUUAAGAUGAAAAUUGGUAAUUCUAAUGAGAUUGGAAAUCAAGCCUUAUUAACAAUUUUGUAAUUGGUUCAGAAUUAGUUAAGAUUUCUGAAGCUUUAAGUUGGGUAAUUCUUUAAUUAGACGAUUUUAGAAGUUCAACUAAAAUAUUUAAACAAUUUUAGUUACAAUCAUAAUAUAAUGAAGUGACUAUGAAUCAAUCUUAAUUUAAUAAAUUAGAAUAAUUGAAUUUUAAAAUUGGUAAGAAUAAUGACUUUCAAAAUGGAGGAGCCAAAUUCUUAGCCUUAUUGCUAGACUCACCACAAUUGUAGAUGGUAAAAAUCAAUAUCGGAGAUUCUAAUUAAAUGACAGAUCUCUAAGCCUUAUCAAUCUUUAUAUUACUUUAAAAGUUAAGAACAGUAAAUAUAUUGGAAUUAGAAUUUGAGUAAUUUAAUUAUAAUAUCAUAUAAUAGAAGGAAUAUCUGUGUUAAUAAAUUGUGCUUAGAAUAAUUAGAGAAACUUAUCAAUAAAAGUAGCAAUUUAAAUAGUCUCUCCUUAAAUUUUGCAAAACAAUAAUAAAACUUGGACUUUACCAAUUUAUUUUAGACUCUUGGGUAGAAAAGAAAUCUUGUUAAUUUAGAUCUCAGCAUAGGUGGGCAAUAAAGUUUACCUGAUUUGUUUGAAUUAGGUCAAAGACUUAAAGAAUUAGAGUAUCUGAGUGUAUUCAAGAUACAUUUGAAGGGUAAUAAUAAUAUAGAGUAUCCGAAAUUAUAGUAAUUCUUAUAAUUAGUAAAAUCUAAUAAGACUCUUAAUUUACUAUCAAUAAAAACAGGAUCUUAGAAAUCUAGUGAGUAUCGAUAAGAAGAAAUGAAUUCAAAUGCACUUCUAUUAAAAAGGAUUUGCCUCAUUGGAACACCAAUAAUUAUAUAUUUUAGUCAUUUAAAUGAUCAAAUAAGUUAUUAAUAUAAUUUCGAUAGAUUACAAUUGAUCGGAAAUCUGCAAGUAAUUUCAAGGGAUACAUUAAUGCCUCUUCCUUCAAAUUAACUGGUAGUUUAGAUAAGGGAAGUAUAGCAAGUAGAUAACUAAUAAUUGAAAUAAAUAUAUUCCUUGAUUAAAUAAUAGGAGUACAUAGAUAUUCAAAUAUCUUAAUUGCUUAUUAAAUACUAAAAAGGAGUUUCCAUAAUGAAAGCAGACUUACUUAAUUAUCUAGUAUAAUUUGUAGCAUUUACUUAAAGACAAAUAACCGAAAUUAUAAUGUAUAAUAAAAAUACAAUAAUUUAUAGAUAUGAGGAAAAUUUUCUUUGGUAAGGAAUCAGCUAAUUACUCCUUGAGUUGAUCAGAAGGUAAAGAACAGCAGAAAUUCCAGAAUUUAGAUUUAUUUCGAAGAAGAUUAACAUAAUUUUAAAAAAUAAUUCCUUAGAAAUAAAAGCGUAAUAUUUUAUAUAAUUACUUUUAGUGAGAACCCUAUGGAACUAAAUUAAGAAGGGUUUUCUUAGUUUUGUGAAUUGUUACUUUUGAUUUCUUACUUUGAAGUUAGAUUUCUAAAAAUAGAAAUUCCAAUAACAAAUUUCAGUUAAGAUUGGAAUGAAUUAAGUAAUGCUUUAGUUCACUUUGAAUAAUUACAAAAACUAGAUUUGAAUUUGAAAAAUCUAUCUAACAAUGAGGGUCACUGUCGAGAUUAUAAAUCAUUCCAUUAGAAUUUGUUAAAGAUAUUUAUUGAGAAUAAAUAUCUAACAGAAUAUGAUUAGUAAGAAUUUUGAAUAUGUAAAUUAGAUUUAGCGAGAAGGCAGUGUUUCCUAUUACUUUACAGUAUCAUUUAGGAAAUCAAAUAAAAGAGUUGGAAGGACAGAUUACCUAAUAAGAGGCUUAAGUUCAAAGGAUUUUGAAUGGCAAUCCAAUUCCUGGAGAUCAGAAUAUUGACUUUGAUCAACUCUAAUAGAGUCUACAUGCCAAUAAGAAGGAUUUAGAGGAGAGAAAUAAGGCCAUAAAGAAAGGCUAGGAAUUCGAUGGGCUAAAACAGAGAGUAUUAUUGAGAAGAAGGAGAUUGACUUAUUAGUACUUUAUGGCAAUAAAGAAAUAUUCAUAAAGGCUGAACAAAUAAUAAAUGAUAUCUGAUAUUAUUGAAAUGUUAUGAAGUUAUUGUGGUCGAUUUUAUAUAUAAAU